CGCGCCCCCGCCCGGCGGUGCCUACCAAACGGUCUGAGCGCGUGGCGGGCGCCUGAGAACCCAGCGGACGAAGCCUCCGAGCGACUGGAGGAGCGGCUGGAGGAGCGGCUGGAGCAGCGAGGAGCCACCCUCACUUUUGGCCCUUCUCAUAAGGAUGGAAAUGUUGCUGUUUGGUGUCCAGGCCCUGCUGGCCUUGAUCCCUUGCCCAGGAGCUGCAGAAGAGCUCUUUGAGGUUUCUGUUUGGCCAGAUCAGGCUGUGGUAAAGUAUGGACAGUCCCUAAUGGUCAACUGCAGCACCACCUGUCCAGACCCAGGGCCCAGUGGAAUUGAGACCUUAUUAAAGAAAACCCAGGUGGGCAAAGGGCCUCAAUGGAAAGAGUUUCUCCUGGAGGAUGUCACCCAGAAUUCCGUCCUGCAGUGCUUCUUCUCUUGUGCUGGGGUCCAAAAGGACAUAAGCCUUGGCGUCACUGUGUAUCAGCCACCAGAGCAGGUGAUCAUGGAACUGCAGCCUGCAUGGGUGGCUGUGGAUGAAGCCUUUACAGUGAUGUGCCAUGUGCCCAGUGUCACACCUCUGGAGAACCUCACCCUUAUCCUUCUCAAGGAUAACCAAGAACUGCAUAGAAAGGACUUUAGGAACUUGGCUGUGGCCUCCCAAAGAGCUGAGGUCACCAUCAGCGCCAAAGCCCAAAGGGAGGAUGACAGGUGCAAUUUCUCCUGCCACGCAGAGCUGGACUUGAGUUCACACGGUGGAGGGCUCUUUCACAACAGCUCGGCCAUCAGGGUACUUCGGAUCUUUGAAUUGUCUCAGAGACCCCAAAUCUGGGUCUCCUCACUUCUGGAGAUUGGGAUGGCAGAGACUGUGAGCUGUGAGGUGGCUAGGGUGUUCCCAGCCAAAGAAGUAAUGAUCCACAUGUUCCUGGGAGACCAGGAGCUGAGCCCCUGCCUCUCCUGGGAGGGAGACACAGUUUGGGCCAAUGCCACCGUUCGGGCCAUGGAGACUGGUGAUCAAGAGUUGUCUUGCCUUGUAUUGCUGGGUCCAGUGGAACAGAAAACAAAAAAGCCAGUGCAUGUCUAUAGCUUCCCUCCACCGAUCCUGGAGAUCCAAGAAUUAUACCCGUUGGCAGGGACGGACAUUAAUGUGACCUGCUCAGGGCAUGUGUUAACAUCACCCAGCCCUACUCUUCGGCUUCAGGGAGCCCCAGAUCUCCCUGCCCCUGGGGAGCCUGCCUGGCUUUUACUUACCACCAGUGAGGAAGAUGAUGGCCGAAAUCUCUCCUGUGAAGCCUCUUUGGAGGUUCAGGGUCAGCAGCUGAGCAAAACCACUGUGAUCCAGCUCCAUGUCUUAUACAAGCCACGAUUAGAGGAAUCUGGUUGCCCUGGCAACCAGACCUGGUUGGAAGGGAUGGAGCAGAAGCUUGCCUGUGUCCCAAAGGGAAACCCGACACCAGCCUUGGUGUGUACCUGGAAUGGAAUGAUCUUUGACCUUGACGUGCCACAGAAGGCAACCCUGAACCACACUGGAAUCUACUGCUGCACAGCCACUAACCAGCUGGGCUCUGCCAGCAAAGACAUUGCUGUCAUUGUGCAAGGACUGGGAGAAGGAGUCAGUUCCACCAUCUUCAUCAUUAUUAUUGUCGCCCUUGGAGUGGGUGUAAUCACCAUAGCACUGUACUUGAACUAUCGGCCCUGCAAAAAAGAGAGGAGGAAAUUGCCCUACAGGCAGAAGGAGAAGAAGAAAGAAGAGGAAAGCCAGUCUGCUGCUCAGCAAGCAGGAAAGUACAAUGCACAUAAUUGUUAAUUAGAAGCAGCUGUUUGGUCCAACGCACCUUCUACUACUGGGGUUUCUGAAGAGAGGGAAGAGAGGGUAGAGGAGAAAGGAAGAGACAUUAUCCUUUGUGUUCUGUGGUCCCAUAAAACAGUGUUUCAGGCCCUCAUGUCCCAUGUAUCGAAUCCACUCACAAGCUCAACUCCUCUGAGUAGGAAUUUCAGUCUCAGUGUUCAGCUAUUGAGAGAACCUCUUGCUCUUGGCUGCAUGCUUAACCUGUCCACUCUUAAGAUUCAGAGAAGAAGCUCCUGCCAUGCCUGUCAUUCCUGUUCCCACUGCCCUCUGCUCUCAAACAUCAGAGAGAAGAGAUAGUCAGAAACAUCUCUGAAAUACAGCUCAUUUCUCAUGGUUUCCUCAUGACUAAGUGGGAACUAGUUUCUUAGUCUGGGGACAGGACUUAGAAGGGAGUCCAUACCGAACAAAGGGCUAGGAAUCAGAACCCUAUUCGCGCCUGCACAUCCCUCUGCUCCCCUGAGCCGGGCAGGGUUCUGGAAUGCCGGCUCCCAGAGCUGAGCUUGAUGACAUCAUUAAGGCCCAGUAGCUGGGCAGGCUUCAACUCACUAACCAUCUAUUGUGUACCUUAGAGGAACAUAAAAGUCAUAAGAAAUUCUACACUGGGUCAGACAGGCAGCUUACCUAGCCCAGUGUUCUGUCCCUGAAGUGGAAGGUAGCGUUCUUCCGUGAAACUGAGCUCCAGACAUCUCUGAAUUCCUUUUUGUAAUCAUCUGAGUUCACAUUAAGCAUAUUAAUUUUAUUUUACCCAUACAGGUUCUUAGGGUAGAGUUCUAAUGAUUAUUCCCCCUUUCCAUGAAGAAGUAUAUAUUUUCAUAUGUCUGCAAACUACUUACUUUAAGCUUCAGGAGGAAUCCUCCCGUGACAGUGUUCACUAUAUGAUUUUAUGACUGAGAUUCCUUCUCUGCUCUCUGGAAAGAUUAUACUCACCCCCUAGAGAUGACAGGAGGACUUGUAAAACCAGAUCUUUCCUCCCAAAUCAGUUAUUUAUGGGUCACUGAAAUGUUGGAUAUGAUAAAAAUAAA